GUAAGCACGCAUUUCCGGGAGCUUGAGACGGGCACCUCGGGUCCAAGGGUAAACAGAGUUAACGUCUCUUUUGCGCAUGCGUCCGUACGCCUUUGUCCUUCAUACCCACUGUGGUUUGAAAGGGUGAGGAGAAACGGAAUUGAGGUAUUUUGUCCCUUUUCAGCAGCCGGAGCAGCGACGGAAUGACGCAAAUAGACGUCCCGCCCAGAUAAGGACAAGCGUCGUCCUUGACGUAACAAUCUCCUUUCUGGGCCGUGAAGCCGGCUGCCUCCUUUGGGUCGCCAUUUUUGCUGCUGCCGCCGGCUCCUCUCGAGAUGAAGAUCUGGAGCUCAGAACACGAGUUUGGAUUUUUCCACCGAGUGAACUGCCCUAAUGUGCUCCUUAUUUCAAGCAAAAGUUACAGAUAUCUAGAGCAAAGGGCACAACUUCCUUUUCCAAGACAUCCAUGGGAUACUGUAAUAAAAGCUGCUAUGAGAAAAUACCCCAAUCCUAUGAACCCAUCAGUAGUUGGAGUUGAUGUCCUGGACCGAAGACUUGAUAAUCAAGGGAGGUUGCACAGUCACCGACUACUUAGCACUGAAUGGGGUCUACCAAGUAUUGUGAAAGCGAUUCUGGGAACAAGUAGAACUGUUACAUACAUUAAGGAACAUUCUGUGGUUGACCCAGUGGGGAAAAAAAUGAUACUGAGUUCUACAAAUAUAACACUUACGAAUCUUGUAUCAGUGGAUGAACGAUUGGUUUAUACACCCCACCCUGACAACCCUGAAAAAACUCUGCUAACUCAAGAAGCAAUUAUUACAGUAAAAGGUGUUAGUCUCAGUAGUUAUUUGGAAAGUUUAAUGGCAAGCACAAUAUCCUCUAAUGCCAGAAAGGUGCCCCAUCAGAAGCAGGCGGGGCGCAGAAUCUGGGGUGCCUGCGCAGCACCUGUGGGAUUGAGCCACAGGUCGAGAAGCCUUGGAAUGGGUGAUUAGCGAACUAACUUCAACACGAGACAGCGUGAAGUCGGCAAUGGCAGCAGCUUCAAUGGAGGAUUGCUAAACUGAAAAGUAUUAUUUUUCCAUCAGAUUUUUUUUUUUGCCAAAAUGGAUACUCCGUAGAUUUUUAAUAUAUAUUUGUUUAUAUGGAAGACUUAACAGGACAAAAGCUACAUGGUUUCAAUAUGUAUUGAAGCAUCCUGUUUGUCUGCACUGCAAAUUGACAUAACGACAUGUAUAGAUUUUCCAUGUUUUUAACUUGAACUGCUGACUUCUCCAGAGGAUGGAGACCUCAAACCCCACAGAAGUUACAUGGAUUUCAAACUGUUGGAGUGGGUUGAGGAAUCUGAGUCUACCUAAAUACCAAGCUGUGCCUUGAUAAAAGAGCUACUGUAAGGGAAUAGAUUCCAUUUUAUAAUCUGCCCUUUGUGCUUGAUACUUAAUAUUUAUUUUCUUUUAAAUCUGGCUACAGUUCUGCAAUGGAUGUGGUAUAAAAAGCACUGGGGAUUUUGCCAGUAUCUAAUGCCUAGUUAAGUUUGGGGGAAGGGGGAGAUGACACAGGACAUUGGCAAAGGUAUGUUCUCAGAGACUGCUUCAGGUAUAGGCAACCCAUGGUCUUCCAAACACUUUUGCAUACAACCUCCAUCAUCUACAGUUAGCAAGACCAGCAGUCAGGGAUGAAGGGAAUCCAAAGCAUCUGGUGACCACCAGAUUGCCUAGCCCCACUGCAUCGAAUUUUAUAGCACAGUCCAUUUGUUUUAGUGGAACCUUCAUGGGAGAUCUGAGCAAGCCUCACCGAAAUAAUGGCUAGCUGUGCAGCCAUGCUCCCUUUUGGAUCACACUCAGUUGGAGACCUCCUGAACCUCAGGUGUCAUAAGUACUAGGUUAUUUUGCACUGUGUAAAUGCAGAGUCUGAACAAGGUGUACCAAAAUUGUACCUCUAUUUAUGCUUAAACUACUGAGAAGAGCAGAGAAAUUGUCAUUUUUCUGAUGUAAAAUGGUGGAAUAUCAUUUGGCCCUAUUGAUUCAGUAGGUAAUUUAUUUUCAUAUGUAUGAAUUAUUCAUUCUAUUCUCUUAUAUAAAGCUAAUUGAUACCUCA